CACCCCGGACUGCGGCGGCGCGCUGAAGAAGCUGCGCGCGUGCCUGCGUCGCAAGCGCGUCGCGUAGGAGGACGGGAAGGAGGAGGAGGGAGCGCCUGCUAGGAAGGCGGGGCGUCGGACGCGCGGAUCGCACCUGAGCGACGAUGGCGGACGUAGUCGAUCGCGCGUCGACGCCGGACCCGUGGGACAGGGUGGGCACGGAGGCGGCGUCGCCGACGGGUCUUCUCGCGAAACGAAAACAGGACGACGACGGCGGCGGCGGCGGCGACGACGACGACGCGAAGGAGAACACGCGACCGCCGCGCGACGACGACGACGACGACGACGACGACGACGUCGUCGUCGUCGCGGAAGCGGACGAGGACGACGACGAGGAAGCGCGCGCGGAUGCGGCGGCGGCGGAAAAGGACGCGUCGGAGGAGCCAGACGACGACGACGACGACGACGACGACGACGAUGACGUCGCGGCGACGGCGCCGCCGACGCCCGCGCCCGCGACGAACAACUGCGUGGACGACGACGACGACGACGCGAACGCGAUUCGAUCCAUACGCGCGCGGUGGGAGCUCGCCGCCGCGCUUGAUUUUCUCGUCACGUUUAAGCGCACGCUGCGCGUCGGACGCCGCGACGGCGAGGAGAUCGAUUGGAUGACCGCGGACGCGAUCGAGCGCGCGCUCGUGAGACCCGUGGAUUCGAAGCGGCUGCUGCGCGAGCUCCACCACGGGCUGCUGCGGGGCGUGGAAGGGUACCGCGCGGGGCGCGGCGGAGGAAAAAAGAACGGCGCCGCGAGCAAGCGCAAAAAAGGCGGCGACGGCGACGACGACGACGACGACGACGCGUCGCGCGGCUGGGCGCUCGCGCUCGCGCGGCUCACGACGACGCGCUGGCCGUCGCUCGUGGGCGAGAAGCGCGCGGCGCGCGAGCCGCCGCCUUUCGACCCGCCGGAUUUGGACGGCGGCGGCGCGGAGUGGGCUCGCGAGAGCGCGCUCGAGCACUACGAGACGAAAAUCACCCCGGCGUCGCGACUCAGGCGCGUUCUCCUCACCCUGCUGUCCACCGACGUGAAGGACCGCGUCGACGACGCGUCCAAGGCGCUCGUGAGAGGCGGGAAAGAGUGGGGAAAAAGCCUAGACGAGAGCGGCGAUCCGAAUCGCGAGCACGUCGACGACUUCCGCGGCGACGACGCGCGUUUGGCGCGGCUCGACGGCGGCGUCGCGUACUACCUCCUCAACGAUCCGACCGGCCUCGGCGUGCGUCUAUACCAUUCCGCGGCGCCGACGUUUCACACGUUUCGGAAGGCGCUGGACGUGGAGGCCGCGGCCGUGGCGGCGGCGAGCCACGGCGCGUGUUCGCCGCGGGUGCUCGGGUCGAGCACGUUCGCGCCGCCAGAUCUGCCGCCGUAUUACGUCGACGCGACGGACGCGGAGGACGCGGGAGGAGGUCCAUCCGCGGGGCGGCUCGACGCGGGGAAGGAACCCCGGUGCAUGGCGUGCGGGGAGCGGCGCGGGAAGGCACCGGCGGCUCGCGGCGGCGGCGGCGGCGGCGGCGCAUCGGGAGUUAGGAAGUUGGCGUUCGACGACGCCGGCGACGUCGCCGCCGUCGACGACGCGACGAACGCCGACGCCGCGGGGACGGACGGGGGCGACUGCGACCGCGACCGCGACCGCACGUCGUCGUUCGUGCGGUGCGCGCGGUGCGGCAACGGCGGCCACCGCGCGUGCCUCGCGUCCUACGGCGCCGGGUGCGACGACGCGUCCGACGUUUCCGACGCGUCGUACACGUGUCACGUGUGCGUCCACGCGAGCCGUCGAGCGACGGUCGGGAAGCGCGCGGGCGAGGCUGCGAAAGCGGCCGCCGCCGCGUGCAUCAAGUCGUACGCGCGCCCGCCGCCGCCGCCGUUUUACGACCCGGAGCUCGACGACGACGCGGACGCGCCGUGCAUGAAGUGCGGCCGCGUGGACGACGAGGCGAGCUUCGUCCUGUGCGACGGCUGCCCGAACGGCGGGCAUUACUACUGUCUCGACGGACUAACGGAGGUCCCGCGAGGGGACUGGCACUGCGUCGUGUGCGAGGGCGAGCGGAGGGUGCAGGCGGCGGCGGCGGCGGCGGCGAGCGCGGCGGCGGCGGCGGAGAUCGUCGCCGCGGGCGGGCGGCUCGCGUCGCCGCCGGCGAGAAUGAAGCGUCGACGCGACGACGACGAGAAAAACGGCCGCGGAGGAGGAGACGCUCCGAUUCCUACGUCACUGCUGUCGCCUCUGACCGCGUCGCGCGUCGGCGCGGGCGGCCGAACGCCGCGGUCGCCGCCGCCGCACCUCCCCGCGGACGCGCGGUUCGCGCUCGGGCCGCCGCCCGCGCCGCCCGCCGCGGGCGCGUGGUCGGUCGUCGCGUCCGCGCCCGCGGAGAUCGAGCGCGUCGCGAAAACGCUCGCGGUGACGCCAGGACCCACGAAUGCGUUAGGGAAACGGCUCUUGAACGACGUCGUCGCGGGGAUGGAGGCGGCGGCGGCGGCGGCCGAGCGGAAGCGCGAAAACGCCGCGCGGCGGCGGGAGAAUUUGGAGCGGCUCGUCAUCGCCGGCGCGGGGCGGUCGUCGCGGCAUCGCUCCAACCCGGACGCCAAGCGCGUGUGCUACGACGAGUCGCUCGCGGACAAAGCGCUGAGGGACGCGAUCCGGGGUGGGACGACGAUGGUGUCGGGACCGGGCGCGCAUGGGGGGGGGAGGAGGUCGAACGCCGCGCGGUACGCUGAGGACGAUUCGGACGAUUCCGAUUCCGAUGAUUCCGACGACGCGGACGCGAGGCGACGCGCCGCCGCCGCCGCGGAGGCCGUCGCUCGCGGGUUGCGACGCGGGCGAUCCGUCGUGAACGUCGACAUCGAGGACGACGACGGAAGCGACGGAAGCGACGAAAGCGACGACGACGACGAGGGCGACGACGAAAACGACGUCUGCGUUGGCGCGCCGCCGACGACGUCGGAGGAGGAGGACGUCGUCGAAGUCGACGCGAGCGACGACGAGCCCGAGCCUGGCGGCGACGGCGGCGGCGGCGGCGACGACGACGACGAGCCGAUGGAGAGCCCGGACUACGCGAAGGCGUUCGCCGCGCCGCGAGCCGCGCCGAUUCUGAUUCCGAUCGCGGCGGAGGACGCCGACGGAGACGACAGCGACAGCGUGGAGUUCAUCGACGGCGACGACGACGACGGCGACGCGGAAGAAGAGGAGGAAGAAGUCGACGCGGACGAAGAAGAGGAAGAGGAAGAGGAAGAGGAAGAGGAGGAGGAGGAGGGGGACGACGACGACGACGUGCUCUCGCUCUCUGCACCGCUCGCGCGUCCGUCCUCCACUCGCUCGCGCGCGUCCCCUCGCGCGAUGGCGGCGACGCUCGUUCCCGCGGCGCCGCUCCGCGUCGGCGUCGCCGUCGCGUCGUCGGCGGCGCGGCCGCGCGGCGUCGUCGCGGACGCGACGCGCGCCUCGACGCCGGCGUCGUCGUCGUCGUCGUCGUCGUCGUCGUCGUCGCGCACCGCCUCCGGUCGUCGCGCGCUCCUCUCGCGCGCCCUCCUCGUCGCGUCCACGUCGUCCGCGCUCGCGGCGCGCGCGCCGCCGUCCGUCGCCGCGGACGUCCGCGCGUUCGUCUCCCUCGACGCGCUCGUGAGCACCGCGCGCGACGCGAGCGCGGAGCUGUCGCUCGCGCGCGACGCGCUCGCGACGAGCGCGGCGCUCGGGACCGAUCUCCCUCUCCGAGAGCUCAAGCGGCGACUCUCGUCCGGCGCGCUCGCGGAUCUUCCGUCCGCCGCGGAGCGCCUCGACCGCUUCGUCGACGCGCCGAGCUUGGAGGAGUGGGAGUCCGCGGUUUGGAGCAGCGUCAGCGAGGACACGCGAGGGUCGAGGGAGAUCGACGACGUCACGGGGAGGCGGCUGCGCGGCGUCGAGCGCACGAACGAUUUCCUGUGCUUCGUCUUCAGGCGCGUUCGUCGACGCGUCCACUUCAUUUCACCCACCGCUCGGCUUCAACGUUUGAUCGCGUUCCCUUUCAACUGA